CGAAAACAUAAAAGUGUAAAAUAAGUGGAAGAAAGUCGAAAAAAAUUUUGAGUCAUUCAAUUUUUCUGCUUGUGUCCUUUUAUUGAAAAUAUAUUCAAUAUAGUUGUUUUUUUUAGGUAUAGAGAUUUAGAAUCUUGAUUGAACUCAUAUUGCUUUUGGGUAAAUAUCAAUUAGGAUCCAGCAACAAUGGACACGACAUACAUAAUCCACCUAAUAAAUAAAUUGAAUUAAGAGCCAACAAAAUUUGAAAGUUUAUUGACUAUAAAAGUAAAUUAAACAUGGAUACAUCCAGUACCGAAAAGAAGCUAAGCGUAACCGUAAAGCAUGAUCAGCAUUUGAUCGCAAUUGUAACUAAUUUACUGGACUGCCUUGUGGACAAGGAUGAAUCGCUGCGUAGCACCACCGAAGCAUCAUUGAUAAGAAUUGCCAAAAAACGGCAUGACGAAAUUAUAGAAGUGUUUUGUGACUACCGUAAGAAGCACCCAAAGCUAAGUGAAACCCAAUCUGCGAUUAUUCUGAGGGUGAUCGAGUACGUCGUUAUUAAUCUGCUAGAUCAGAUUACACACGAAACGGCUUCGAAAUGCGUCGAGUACAGUGUGUACGAGAUAAUCCGCUCGCCGGACCAGCAAUCAAUAGUGCAAACGCCGUGUCGCGAGAUUCUAGUUUCGGUCGGAAGACAACGCUGCAAAGAAGUCAUGGACGUACUUACAAAACAUGUUGAACAGCAUCAGGUAGUACAUUUUAUGAUAUUACACUCGAUGGGAUCACUCGCUACGGCCAACAUAAUGGAUUCAAUUCCGCUGAUAAAGCCAAUCUUGGGUUAUAUUCUUCCCACGUUGUCGUCGAUCAAGCAUGACUUCGGUAAACAGGCAUACGCUUUUGCGAUCGGACGCUUUUGUGAAGCUUUCUGUGAAUACAAGGAACACAAACGAUUACAUCAGAGCGAAGAGACUCCAAUGAUAACUGGAAUAACGUAUGACAUUUCUGAUGAAGUUGGAAUAAUCUAUGAUUUGUUCCAGUCGCAGUGGCUUUCAUCACGUGAACCCAAGGUAUCAUUUGAAGUGCUUAAUGCUUUAUCGUUCAUGUAUCCAUUGUUGCCAGUGGAAAAAAUCAACGACGGUAUAUUGAAAAUUAUUCCCAACACAUUAGCUUUGUAUCGUCGAAGUGUGGACCGAAGUAUGGUCACACAAUAUCUGGCCUCGAUCAUUAAAACCGUACUCACUUUGAACUCGAACCUUCUCUCAGGGGUAUCAGACAACAUUAUUGCAACCUUAUUCGAUUUGGUUUGUGUGAAUCCAGAUUAUGAAAAACCCCAAACAGUUAAGGGUCAUUAUGAAGUGUUACGUUGCUUCGAUCUAAUGGCCACCAACUAUAGUGAAAAAAUUAUUGAAAUUCUUUUGAUUCACUUACGCAGUAACAAUGAACGUGAAAGGAUCAAAUCACUGUUGGUCCUUACCCAUCUUACAAAUUCAUCAGAACGUGUCGUAAGAGAGAAGAAGACAGAAAUUUGUGUUCUUUUAAAAUCCAUGCUUACAGCAGAGCGCACUAUAAAAAUGAAAAUGGUACUUCUCAAAACGAUCGUAGCGUUCAUGCAGCGCGAAUUUAUCCAUGAAAAAGAGUUUAUCACAUUUCUUAUCAGAGGGAGUUGCCGGUUGAAUAAAUUCAAUACCGAUAAUGGUACUUUAGAUGAAUACCAGGAAUUUGUGCAGGCAUGCAAUAAUACACUCGUCAUUCUCUCGUCAACAAUUGGAACCAUUGACGAUAUUUUGAAAAUGGAACUGUUGCAAAGUUUCCUAUGGUAUGAAUAUACUGGCGUGUGCAGUACUAUUAGCAAAUGUCUGGCUAAUCUACUUGCGAAAAACCCCGAAAUCAAUCGCACCGAAGAGCGACGCAAUCCAUUCGAUGAAAAUGAACCCGUUGAGGAUAUACGACCGCCGAACGCUGUAUCCGUGUUCGUACGUGCCUUAGCAUUGUUGGGAAAUUCCGAGGAACCAGGACGCAUCCAGAAUAUAUUACUAUUUUUGAAGAGCUAUUCGUCGAACCUAUAUAAACACCUAACGCCACUGUGGAACGAAAAAAUCGGGGAAAUAAUUCUCGAAGUAACCAGCAACACCAUUGAUCAGGAUCGAUAUGAUGCAUUAGUGUUUGAGUUUUUCCACGAUACAAUCAAAGAUGUGGAUGAGUUUAAAUUUGUCGAAUGUGUUAUAGCUGAGAUAUUUCAACAAUUACCUAUGUAUCAAACACCGUCUGCUCCGAAUUCAUCCCAACAAGAAUAUAAGAUUCCCUUGUUAGAUAGGGAAAAACGUAUGUUGAUCAAAGUGUUAGGCAUGUGCCUUUGUCAUUCCUUGGACGAAAAUUUAAUCGCCAACAAAAUCGAUCUGAUUAUUGGAUUGGCUAAGGCAGAAAAAGCCGAUAAAAAUACUUCCCCAGAAGAGUUUGAAAGAUUAGUACAAGAUCAUGCGCAAGCGCUUGGCUAUGUUUCAAUGGAACACGUGGAUAAAUUGAUGAAAAAGUUACUGGCCCUGGUUAUAGACGAUGGAACAGUAAAAAAAUCAGGAAGCUUCUUCUCAAAUUUAAAUUUUAUAAAAGACACUCAAAAGGAAAUGGACAAUUUUAAAAUAAAAGUGUUGGUGUUACAAUCGCUAAAUCAUGUUGUUAGAAAAGCUCCUCAUGAAAAAGUAGUGCGGCUAUUUGACGAAAGUGUUAUUAACUAUCUAACGGCACAGUUCGACAACAAGGAAGUUUUUAUAAAAAAAUUGAUUCUCAAUGUGUUUCUGUGUUUGGCCGACAUUCUUUUAAAUAAUCCAAAUGCAUUACCAGAAGAUCAUAUGAAUAAUUUUAAAAACAAAAACGACCUACUUAAGAUCUGUAUGAACAUAACAGGAGACUCUCAUAAUGAGUACUUGCCGUUGUUCCCUCUUAUACUGAAACUGUCGACCUCACUGAUUAAACUGAACGGACAAGAUGAAACUGUAGAUGUGAAUUGUUUGCUUAACAUUGCUUCCUUCUAUUUUUUUACAACGGCUCAGAAUUUGAAGAGCAAGUUUGAUUCAAUCGACGAAGACACUCGGAACAGCUACUUGGCAAAGUAUCUGAAUCUUUCGUUGCCCGAGCUUAAUCAGUUCAUCAAAACGAUUCUGGAACAGCAAAAUGGAUCACCCGCAUGUCUAGAUGACAUCAACUCCAUACUGGAGAUUUGGAUGAAGGAUCGUAAUAAAGAGGUUCGCAUCUGUGCUGGACACGUCUACAACAAUACGCUUGAAGUUUACAUGCGAUCAAUGAAAAUUGGAUUCGAAGCCCCUUCAAAGUUCAACCAAACCGGUAGCUUGCUCGGUAAAAUUAUUCCACGUUGUAUCGAUUCUAAUGCUACUGUACGGCAAACGGGAAUUGAGAUAUUGAAAAAGAUUCUAGAAAUCGCUUGUAUCUAUGAGACCCUAACUAUAGCUGAUAAUCGAGUCGAUUGGGUUAAAGAACUGGAUGGAAUACGAGAUGAGAUAGUUACGGAUGAUUCAAAAGAUAUCUAUCGAAUUGCCGCUAAAUUGGCGAACAUAAUAGCGCAACGACUCUCUAGCUAUCAAUAUGUACAGUUUAGUAAAUGUUUACUGUACAGCCUGAAUGAUCCCGAACAAAGUUCAGCUAUUGGAGCUUCUGUGGUGUUGAAACAUUUCAUGCAAAUCAAAGGAGCGGAAAUGUUUCAUGCGAUACCGGAACUAGUGAAAGAGUGUCUCUAUGCUAUCAAAAUAUGUGAGGUAUCGAAAGCUCAAUCUGCAGUACUGAAAUCGCUGCUUGCCUUAACAAAACACCAUCCAAAACUUGUGUGCAAUGAAAUACUGAGCCAAAGUUUGCCAUUCGAAGAAAAUGUUUUGGAAUUUUGGCGUACAAUCACAUUGGAUCCAGAAUUGGCAGGAAUAAUUAUUGACAAUUUUAUAGGCACCGUCACCACAUCAUGCUUAUAUGAACAACAACAUCAAGAUAAACCACGAGACGAAGCUCAAAAAGCGGUUACGCUCUUGCCAUUUUCCAUUAUUUGCGUUUUCAAUGAACUAUUCAAAAGUCAAGAUAUUAAAUCAGAACUGAAGUCUCGGUUUACUGAAAUAUUUUGCAUGCUUCUGUCAACGUUAGCUACUUAUAUAAAUUUGCUUCCACCGUGCAUUCAUGUUAUACCACAGGAAGGUUCGAACGUGACCAUACCAAAAAGUGCUCGACUAAGCAAAACAUCGUCUACAAAAGACGCCAGAAUGAAUCCGUGUCAAAUAGCACUGGAGACCUAUCAAAGUUUUCUAGAUACAUUGGGCAUGCAGCAGAUAUCUAAUGUGCUGAGUAUUUGUCCCAAUUUAGGUUCCAGCACUGAUUUAAACAGUUUUAUUGAAAUUUUGACACCAUUAAGUGUAGCCACCGCCAGUGAAGUUGGCAUUAACUCUACAACCAUGAAACAGAUAGUUACGACAUUAAGCAAAUACGUUAGCAGCCCUUACGACACACAACGCGUUGCUUCCACUGGAUUCUAUUCUCAUCUUGUUCCUUUGAAACCAUGUGGCGAAAUUAGUUCUGUAAUUAUGCUGCAUCUCAAUUCCUCGCUUAAUGAUCCAAAUCCGCUAGUUCGAGGACUCAGUAUUAGAGGAAUGGCAUAUCUGUGCAGUUUGACUGAGCACGACAUCGAGAAGUAUUCGGAAAUGUGCCUAACAGCUCUGCUGAAGGGAAUCGACGACUAUAAUAAAAACUGUUUCAUCAAUAUUCCGCUGGAAAGUAUGCGAGGUUUGUCUAAAAUUCUCCAAAAAUUACCACCGAACAAGUUUGAAAUGUUUCAAAUAUCGUUGGCAAUCCGGAUAAAACCAUUUUUCGAAAAUGUUUCAAACGAAUUACGUGAAUCUGCUAUCUUGCUUUUUGGAGAUCUUUGUCAUCAAAAAAUGAAUCAAACGCCACGGGAACAACAAGAUGGACGAGAAACGAACGGUGACGAGGAGCUGGUCUCCGAAUCACUUAUCGAGCAGCUCAAGUCCAAUUUGUGCUCGCUGUUGCUUCACUUAUGCGAAGAAAAUAGUCUUAUAGCGAGGGCUUGCAAGAUUACGUUGAAGAACGUAUGUGCCCUUCUUGGGACAAUCAAAAUGAAUGAACUUGCCCAAAACCAUCUAUUAGAACAUGGACAGCUUCAAUACGGAACUUUUGUCAAGGAUUUUAUCAAACUAAUAGGCGAAGAGCUGUCAGAGUCAAUAAACGAUUUUAUCGAUGCAUGUAUCCCGUUCCUAAGAAGUCAAUGGCCAGAAAUUCGAGGCAAUGCUGCAAUAUUGAUAGGUUUAUUGCACGCACAUAAUAGAACUAGGCAGCAAAUGGACGCUGCUGGGCACAAAAUAGCGCAGCUCCUUAAAGAUGAAGACACUAGCGUGAGAGCCAAAGCUUCCGAAGCACUAGGUUAUAUCUAUGGUGAUUAUUGAAAACAAACAAUUUAAGUAAGUAUAUGGGCUUUUUAAAUUGUUAUACUGGUACGUAUUUGAAACACGGGAUCUUAGAAAUACUGGGCGCUUAAAUUUAUACAUAACAAAUAGAAAUGGAUUUUUUUCGAAUAUACCUUA